UAAAACUCCAAAAGAAGAAGAUGAACCGGAACUGUCGGAAGUUACUGUUCGCUCGACCUCGGUUCUGUACAUACAUGGAAACGGAUACGACGUUGGACUCGUUUCUUCUUACUCGUUUACUCCUGUGUUUUCAACAAUUUUAAAGUCUUUGACCUCGUCUGCAGCAUGUCUUCGGUCUCUGCGGGGUUUCAGAGCAGCAAGCAGGACUUCAGCUUCGGGCCCUGGACCUUCACUUCCGCCAAGACCCACAUCAUGAAGUCCAAAGACAUCGAGAGGUUAGCAGAGAACAUGAACAUGCCGGCUCUCCCAGAGAUGCUGUUCGGAGACAAUGUGCUGCGCAUUCAGCACACCGACGGUUUCGGAAUCGAAUUCAACGCCAUCGACGCUCUCAAGCGUGUCAAUAACAUGCAGGACUCUGUGAAAGUGGCAUGUGCACUGGAGUGGCAGCAAAGCAGGGCCGAGACGGAGGCGUCUAAAGAGGUGGUGAAGCGCUACGACUGGACCUACACCACCGAUUACAGGGGGACUUUACUGGGAGAGCACCUGCAGAUCCAGGUGAAGCCCACCAGCGAGCGCAUCGACAUGGAGAAGCUGAGAGCGCGAGAACAGAUCAAGUUCUUCGAGGACGUGCUGCUGUUCGAGGACGAGCUGCACGAUCACGGCGUGUCCAUGAUCAGCGUGAAGAUUAGAGUGAUGCCCACCAGCUUCUUCCUCCUGCUGCGGUUCUUCCUGCGAGUGGACGGAGUGCUGAUCAGGAUAAACGACACGCGUCUUUUUCACGAGGCUGGAAAAAACUACAUGCUUCGAGAAUUCAGCACACGUGAAUGUAAGAUGUCAGACCUCCAGCACAUGCCUCCAGCCGUUUACACGGACCCCAAUGAAAUCGCCCCGCACCUGCCUCUGAAGCUCAUCGAGUGUGAGAAACUGGAGUUUCCAGAGAGAACGACGCCAGCAGAAUCAUCAGAGCAGAGCGCGCACUAGAGACUCGAACCCGGAGCCGUGGAGCUGUCCUUCUACAGACACUAAAUCUGAACUCUGUGCAUUUCUGAAUGUGUGCUUUGUAAUGUGAUGCUUGUUUGAUUGGGGAGGAUUGCAUUAAAAUCCUUUCUGCUGGAUUCAGAA